AUGAAGUCGUACGUGCACAAACGUUCAAACGAUUGCCUUAGGAUUCAAAGCGAUUCGCAUAAACAUGCCGUGUUCCCGACUGACCGAGCAACAUGUUUCCCACCCCCACCUCUCCGACCCAAUUGUAAUGCAACGGCGGGCGCUCCGUCCGGCGCGGGCACUCGGGCAUUGUGCUGCCGGCCUCCGCACCUGCGCCGAGCGCAUGGACGCGCCAUGGUCUGCGAUCACGGCCCGCACGGCUCAUCGCCUCCCGCGCGCCGCAAGUCUCUCCGCCGCCUCGCCUCCACGCGCGGCUUCAAACCUCGCCCCGCCAACGAGUACGGCUGGAUACGCGUUUUCGAAGGUCUCGAGCCUUUCGCCGUCGACGCACCCAGCAAACUUGUGAAAGUCACCCUCAGUACCACUGUCGAGGACAUUAACAAGGAGCUCGGUUUUGGAGACGAGCUUACUAUAUGGUCUCAGAUUGGAGGGGAAACUACAAGGAGAUUGGAGAUUGACGAAUUUCCUUUAAGGAUUCAAGAGCAGUUCUUGGCAACUUGCGGGUGGAAAUCUGAAGCUAGGAGGUUACGGCUGGCCGUUGAUCCGGAGUUGCGGCAUUCUCUGCGAUGGUGCUCGGGCCCGGCGGCGCGUUCCGGUGGAGUACGCCGAUCUGGUACCAUUCACGUGUUGAAAGGACACGUGUUUCCACAAUGGAAACCAAGACCCGCACACAUUAUUGGCUCUCGGCUUCACAUGCAUGGGACAGCGUGGGAAGUUAUCGAGCUAAGCGGCGGAAGUAUCGAACUGUGUCAGCCGAAGGCCCAGCGACUAGUGUUGUGCCUGAAGCCGCGUUGUCAAGGAAACGGCGUCGCCGGCGACAGUGCCAUGAAUCACCUGUUCCUCGGAUUUAGCACUGUCUGGGAGAGGAAUCUGUGGUUCAGCUGGCUGAAAGAGGGUUCUCUCAGCACGCAGCCGCCGAACGUCCUCGACCUGAGCGGCGGCGGGCGCACGUCGCUUGGCGAAGCGCUCGCGCAGCACGCGACAGGCGCGUUUCAUGUGCGCGUGCUACGGCUACGCAGCAACGCGCUUAGCACGCUGCCGCCGCAAGCGUGGACGUUGCGCGCGCUCACGCAUCUCGAUAUCAGCGAUAACAGGAUAAAGGAGCUGCCGGAGGAGAUAUGCCAGCUAACGCAAUUAGAAGACCUGCAAGUAAGCGACAACGAGCUGCAAUCUGUAGAUUGCGCUCUCCGGUUGCCGCGUCUGCGCAACCUCGUUGCGGCGCGAAAUCUCAUUACGCAUUUUGGGAACAAAGAAAGCGCACAUAUGGGUCCCGAUGACAAUAAGGAGUCUCCCGCCCCGCUCACCAGCGUCGACCUCCGUAAUAAUAACCUUAAGGGCAGCAUCAUACUGGGGAACUAUGAACAUCUGGUCAGCCUGGAUGUGUCCAACAACUCGAUCGAGGUUCUGAUGGUGUCAGCUUUACGGGGCCUCCGAGAGCUUUACGCCUCCAACAACGCGCUUCGCCACCUGGCUUUACACGGUGGCUCCCUGCGUACAUUGAGAGCACCACAUAACCAACUGGAGACAUUGACGACAACGGUCCCACCUAUAAAUUUGGUAGAAUUAGACGUGACAAACAACAAAUUAAAAUCACUACCCCAAUGGCUCAGCGGGUGUUCCGAUUUAACCACACUUCAUGCAAACAACAAUCAGUUGAUGUCUUUGCCGGAGCACUUGUUCUGUAGUGAACUAUCAAGCUUACGGAGUCUUCACCUGGCUCACAACAAAAUCUCGCAUAUUCCGUCAAUGCCACGAUUACGAGCGCCACUGAAGGACUUGCUACUUCACAACAACUGCAUACAAUCACUACCGGAAAAUUUCUUCUCUGUUUGUGACAGGUUAUGUGUUCUCAAUCUUUCUAACAAUAGACUGAAUCGCUUGCCGCCGGCUAGAGGGCCAUCUUCUCACUGCCUUGAACGACUCUAUCUAACUGCAAACUGUUUAACGGAUGAAGUGGCAGAAGUUAUCAUUGCUUUUCGUGGUUUGAGGACAUUGCAUCUUGCCUAUAAUUGUUUAACAGUUCUCCCGGAGAGUUGCAUAAAUUUUUGGCCGGAAAUAGAAGAACUUGUACUUUCGGGAAAUGGAUUUACGAGACUUCCAGAGAAUUUACCGCAACUUAAUAAUAUAAAAUGUGUCAGAGCACACUCUAAUAGGCUACGCUCAGUACCGAUGUUUGCUUGUAGUGCAUCUGUUAAAAUUCUUGAUUUCGCACAUAAUGAAUUAGAGAGCAUAGACCUCAGACUACUUGCACCGAAACAACUUAAGUUCCUAGACAUAUCUUGUAAUAAAAAGUUACAAGUAGACCCUUCGCAGUUUAACGCAUACAGAUGUCAACGACCUUUGAGCUUAGUCGACGUAACUGGACGACAAUCAGGGGCUUGGUCUCAGAAGAAUAAUUACCACGAAGAAUUAAACGGUACUAGCCCUUGGACUACUGGGUUUUCAGAGUGUCCUAACAAGUCUCUACAACUAUGCUGUGCGCAAAUAAGGUUGCCAUCAUUUUGUAAUAAAGAGGGUUUCUUUGCAGUAAUUGACGGAGAAACUGAUAUGGAAGUUCCGAAAAUAUUACAGUCAAGUUUGCCGGGGCUCCUGUUAGAAGAGAGAUCAAUAAAAGAAACUGUAAGUGAAUAUAUGAAGUAUGUGGUUCUUUCUGCACAUAGAGAACUGAAAGAAAAGGGACAAAGAAAGGGUGCUUGCUUGAUAAUGUGUCAUCUAUCUCCAGUGACUUCCACUGAGAAUGGAUUCGGACACACACCUACCAGGUACAGCAUGAGACUAGCUAAUGUUGGUGAUACGAAAGCUGUUUUAAGCAGGCGGAAUGGACCUCUAAGUCUUGGUAUUGAAAAUAACAAACGUUUGGGGCACUCAAGUCGGUAUCCUAAUACAAUACCAGACCCUGAUAUCGUACAGACAAUUAUAAAGGAAGAUGACGAAUUUUUAAUACUAGGUAAUGGAAUUUUUUGGAGCGCCAUCAGUAUAGAGACUGCUGUGUCUGAAGUUAGGGCAGAGCGUAAUCCAGUUCUUGCUGCAAAAAGAUUACAGGACUUGGCUCAAAGUUACGGUGUAGAAGAAUGCAUAUCAGUUCUUAUAAUACGAUUUGAUACCGGAAAAUCUGAUGUUGACAUGCUAAUGAGAGAGUUAAGACAGACUAUAAAUACUAAUAAAACAGUUUGUAGACCAGAUUGUUGUUGUUCGCGCCUAGACCCAUGUUGCCAUUCAGCUACGCCACCUAAACCGAGCAGCGACCGUUCUUCUCCGAGCGGCCAAAGCGAUCGUCCUCCGAGUGAAGCGGUGAGCCACCAACACUACGCCAGUGUGCGCUCCACGCAGACAAGAGCUUCGGAGAGGCGGAGUUGCCGCGGCGGAGUCGCCCGAGCUAUACGCGUCCGGGUCGAGGAAGAUAAAGAAGAAGACCAUGAACCUAACCCGGAAGAAAAUUUCAAGUGUUGGGAGUAUAUGUUAGAACAAAACACACAAAUGCUUUUUGACAAAGAACUCGAUAAUCUUUCCAAAGGAAUACGGUCUAAUGUAAGCAGCUUAAGGAACCUAAAAGGCUUGUCCGGUAGCAGUCCACAACUCCAUCUGACAGGGAAACAAUCAAAGGGUGUUCCGUUUUUGUCGAAACAUUUUGGCAGCGCGCGGUCUUUCGGAACUGCUUUAAAGCCAGAUCUUCGGUUUGGUUCUGGAAGGAUACCAAAUGGAGGCCCAAACGCUGCUUACUUUGGAUCCCUGCAGAGACUUAUGCCAUACAAUAUGGAGUAUGAUUUUGCUGUGAUACAGGAAAAAACCGCACAAUCCCAAGACUCACUGGACCUCGAAGGUCGCAUGCAACAAUACUGGGGCGUAGCCACUACCGAACUGUAACUAGAAUU